AUGUCCAAGGCCACUUUCGCCGCGAUCGCCGCGGCCAGUGCAGCCACCGGUGCCGGACUGACGGCUCUCUUCUACUCAUCCUCCACUCCGCGAUCUCAGCAACCUCAGCAACAACAACAACAACUCCCACCUCCGUCGCCCAUCGCUGCGCCCUCCCCCCCCGCAAUCCGCCCUCCCGCUCCUCCCUCCCUCGUCCCCCAGCCCACCACCGCCGGGGGACUCUCCCCCGUCGACCCGACCGGCAUCUACCAAUAUGGCUUCCCCGGCCCCGUAGCAGACACGCUGAUCUCGGCGCCGCUCGCGGGCGCCUACGACCGGCGGACGCGCAACCCGUCCUGGGUGGCGGAACACAUCACGCCGCAGUCGCUAGCGAUGAAGAACGCGGACCGCAAGAACAGCACGUUCUUCGAGGACACGACGAUCCCGCCGAUGUUCCGGGCGAAGCUGUCGGACUACUUCCGGUCCGGGUACGACCGGGGCCACCAGGUGCCGGCGGCGGACUGCAAGUGGUCGCAGGAGGCGAUGGACGGGACCUUUGCGCUGAGCAACAUGUGCCCGCAGGUGGGCGAGGGCUUCAACCGGGACUACUGGGCGCACUUCGAGGACUUCUGCCGCGGGCUGACCAAGAAGUACCCGUCGGUGCGCGUCGUCACGGGGCCUCUGUACCUGCCCACCCGCGACCCCGCCGAUGGCAAGUGGCGCGUCUCCUACGAGGUCAUUGGCAACCCGCCCAACGUUGCCGUGCCCACCCACUUCUACAAGGUCAUCUACGCCGAGGAAGGGCCCGCGGCGGCGGGUAAGGUCGCGCUCGGCGCGUUUGUCCUGCCCAAUGCCCGGAUCCCCAACGACAAGCGUCUGGCCGACUUCGAGGUGCCCCUCGAGGCUGUGGAGCGCGCCAGUGGCCUGGAGUUUGCCGCCAAGCUGGAGGCCGGUCGUCGCAAGCGUCUGUGCCAGGAGACUAAGUGUGAUAUCGUUGUGCGCGAGUUCAACAACGCCUCCAAGCGGUCCUAA